UCGUUCGAUCGAGGGAGAGACACGUUAACUUUGGAAGAUCGUUCCGCGAUGGUUCUUUGCCAAGUUGUUAUUAAGGAUCGAAGAGGACGGCCGGAUGCACAAACGAUUAACUCUCGGCCGAGUGCGGAUUCACGGAUGCAGGGAAAAAACCGACGGUGCGCAGUUAAAGGACGUUGUUGAAGAGGAUGAACUGUCAGAGAAGGCGUCAGCGUGGCCUGGUAGCUCGUCGAUCUCCUCCACAGUGACAAUAAUAAUAAACGCUGUCGCGAUUCAACGCGACAAAAAAGUCAACAGUUCGACGAUCGAGUUCCACGAGCGAGAUUUAUUAAAAGUUAUUGCAAUUAAACAGAGGGACACUCCUCGACGAAAAAUCUGUCUGCAAAUGUUACGUAAGAGAGAUGAGGAUAGAAUCUACGUUUUGGGAAAGUUUCAUCAGGAGGAUCUCAGAGGGGAAUUGUUGAUCAUGCGCGGGCUCGGUAUGUCUGAGACUUGGCGACGUGGCCCGGAGAGCCCGUAAAGUUUAACAAAGCGAAAGGGUUACAAUGCGAAGUGUCCUCUCACCUCGUUCUCCCGAGGGGCCCGCGUGUUAAAGCCUUGCCGGCGUAGCUGCCGGAGACCAUCGUGCGCUCAAUGCUAAUUAAUUCAGGCGUAAGAUGAUAUGGAGUCUGAAGACGAAGUGGACGAAGAGCUGCCGGAGGUGAAACGCACACAGGUAAAUCGGAAUGACAACGUAGAGGGGUUCGAGACAAUGAAAAUUUCAACGAAACCAAUGUCGUCGAAGACGGCCGAGCGAAGCGAGUGCAACCUGGUGCGCUCGCCGAAUCCCGAAGAACCGGAGCCGGCUGUCCCGUGGAAGGACCCUGGCAAAGCAAAGACGCAGGAAGAAUCAAAAUUACCUAUAAGUACCAUCAUCAAGACUGACGCGAAAGACAGUGAGAUUGUUUUGAAGGACAGACUAUGCAGAAGCAAGAGGAUCACCUGCCAGGACACGAUACACGAGUACGACGAGGACGAUGGCCUCACUAUGGAAAAAGUUGGCAGAUACCUCGAAGCGCAUCCGGACGCAGCGGAGGCCUGGUUUCGCGAGAACGCGAGCCCCGAGCUUCGUCAACGAAUUCAAGGCACGGCCGUGGCUCAGGCCAAGUCAACGUCGAAGAACGUGCACCAAGAGGAGAGCCUUCUGAGCCGAAGCAAACGGAACAGCGUCACCUCUGACCUGUUCCAGAGUUGGCUGGCCUCCAGUUCGCCGGCGAAGCGCAGUAAAAGCCCCAGCAGGAGUUACAGCUCGUUGAUGGGACGAAGAGAGGAGCUCAACAGGUUGGACGAAAGUGAUUUGUUCAUGGAGUUGAUCAGGGAUGUGGCGAACGAGCUGGAUAUCAACGUUCUUUGCCAUAAGAUCCUGGUGAACGUCGGCCUGCUCACGCAUGCCGAUCGUGGGAGCCUCUUCCUGGCCAAGGGACCUCUGGAGGAUAGAUAUCUGGUUGCAAAAUUGUUCGACGUGACGCAGGACACUGAGUUGGAGGAGGCUGUUCAGAGGGCCAAGAACGAAGAGAUUAAGAUCCCCUUUGGAGUUGGGAUCGCUGGCUACGUGGCUCAAACUAAGGAGAUCAUCAACAUCAAGGACGCUUACAAGGACCCAAGGUUCAAUAGUUCCAUCGACAUGAGAACGGGUUACAAGACAACGUUGAUUCUAUCUAUGCCUAUCUGCAAUUACGAGGGAGACGUGAUUGGAGUUGCUCAAAUUAUAAAUAAAACUAAUGGUAGCAAUGAAUUUACUGACAGAGACGUCGAGGUGUUCCAGAGGUACCUGACGUUUUGCGGAAUCGGGAUACAAAAUGCACAACUGUUCGAACUAUCGGUGCAAGAGUAUCGACGAAACCAGAUCCUGUUGAAUCUGGCGAGAAACAUAUUCGAGGAACAGAACAAUCUCGAGUGUCUUGUCACGAAGAUAAUGACCGAAGCGAAGGAGCUUCUAAAAUGCGAAAGAUGCGCGGUGUAUCUUCUAGAUCUCGACUGCGGCGAGGCAGGACACCUCGAAAAGAUCGUCGAACGUCCGGGAAAGUCGACGCAAGAAACCCGGAAACCGCUGUCGAGGAGAGAGAGUAACAACAUCGAGAUGGAGGAUAUAUUCCAACAGCACGCACUGAACGACACGAAUAAAUUCACUAUGAUCUUCGAGAUGGACAACGAAACUCAGGAAGCUAAAGUCUAUAGACCUAGCGGAAGCGAUCUAUCGAAUCCCUUGGGCCAGAUCGCAAGAUAUGUCGCUGCCACUGGUCAAAUACUGAAUAUUGGAGAUGUGACCACGUGGCUGAAGAAGGAUGUCGUUCAGGCCGGAAGUGGGCCCAUCAAAAGCAUCCUCUGUAUGCCGAUAGUUAAUGGACAGAGGACCGUGAUCGGCGUUGCUCAGUUAAUCAAUAAGGACAACGGAACGUCGUUCACGGACUCGGACGUGUCGAUCUUCGAGGCGUUCGCGAUUUUCUGCGGCCUUGGGAUCCACAAUACCCAAAUGUACGAGUCAGCUUGCAAGCUAAUGGCCAAGCAGAAGGUGGCCCUCGAGUGCCUGAGCUACCACGCGACAGCCAGCAACGACGACACGCUGAGAUUGACCACUGAACCGAUACCGUCCGCGGAAUCCUACAAUCUGUACAGUUUCACCUUCAUCGACUUCGAUCUGACCGACGAGGACACAUGCCGAGCGACUAUACGAAUGUUCAAACAAUGCGACCUGAUACAAAAGUUUCACAUCCCGUACGAGGUGUUCUGCAGGUGGAUCCUCAGCGUGAAGAAAAACUACAGGCCGGUCAAGUACCAUAAUUGGAGGCACGCGUUGAACGUCGCCCAGACAAUGUUCGCCAUGUUGAAAACCGGCAAGAUGGAGCAGUUUAUGACCGACCUUGAAAUUCUUGGACUAUUGGUCGCCUGUUUGUGUCACGACCUAGACCAUCGUGGGACGAACAACGCGUUUCAAAUGAAGACUGAGUCGCCACUGGCUAUCCUCUACUCGACGAGCACCAUGGAACAUCAUCAUUUCGACCAGUGUGUCAUGAUACUGAAUUCGGACAGCAACAACAUCUUCCAGAAUCUGUCGAUGGAGGACUAUAGGAAGGUGAUGAAGGUGGUGGAAAGUGCGAUACUCUCUACCGAUCUGGCGGUUUAUUUUAAGAAGAAGAACAAAUUCAUGGAAUUGAUCGACGAGGGAGAGUUCGACUGGCAGAGCGAGGAGAAGAAAGAACUGCUAUGCGGAAUGAUGAUGACGGCGUGCGACGUGAGCGCGAUAGCGAAGCCAUGGGAGGUGCAACACCGCGUAGCCAAGCUGGUCGCCGACGAGUUCUUCGACCAGGGCGACCUGGAACGUCUCCAGUUAAACCAACAGCCGGUGGCGAUGAUGGACCGUGAGAGGAAGGACGAGCUACCCCAAAUGCAGGUCGGUUUCAUCGACGUUAUCUGCCUGCCUCUGUACAAGGUGCUCUCGGACACGUUCCCAUGGAUCAUGCCUCUCUACGAAGGCACCAUGGAGAACAAGAAACACUGGCAAGACCUGGCCGAGAAGGUCGAGAUGGGCCUGACCUGGAUCGAUCGCGACACGAUCGACGAGCCGGUCGAGGAGUUCGUCUCGUACGAGCCCAAGGACAUCGAGUUCACUGUCACAACGUUGAACUGCGCCCACGUGGACAGAAAGGAGGCUGCUGAGAAAUCGGCGUUGGGCAGGUUCGCCUCGCUGAGGAAAGGAGGCCGCACGCUGACCAAAGGUGUCAGACACCGAAUCAGCAGGUCGCUGUACGCUAGGAGCACGCCGGAGGACGCCGCCAAGUCCAAGGCGUUGAUCCCUGACAGAAAGAGCCGGAACAAGUUGUGCUUGCUCAUUUGACGGUUCACGUCCACCACGCUUGAGAGCAUACCGGAAUGAUGAACGAGAAACGGGGAACGUGUUUGCCAACAGCAAUGACAAUUUUGUUCGAAGACUGGCUCCGGUGGAUCUUGACAGUCUAACCGGAUGGCUUCACUUCGGCUAGGUUGAAAACUAGUCACGUCUGCGAGGAGGAUUACUACCUUGGCGUUGCCGGUGUGGUAAUCGAGAUUGUUAAUAGAGAAUCUACGGGAGGAUCGUAGAGUGUACAAUUCGUCGAGAGAGCGGAGAGAACCAAGGUUCUGAAAGAAAACAGAAAGACUUUUGGAAAAUCAUUGGCGAAACGAAACGGAAGUUUCGCAGCUAGUGAUUGCAUCUGUGAUUGCUCUCUCCGUCUGCCUCGAAAAAUCAAAACCUUACCCCAGAGUAAACAUGGAAUUGAAACUUCCUUGGGCUGAAAUAGGAAAUAUUUCAGGAUCAUCGAGAAAGAGAGAGAGAGAGAGAGAGAGAGAGAGAGAGAGAGAGAG